CCUACUCAUCAUAGCGGUCCGCGGGCUUGCGUGCUGCGAGACGGCAUGUAGUCGGCGGCGCAGCCACGCAGGCCGCGAGAGAGAUGGUGGCCGGCCUCCUCAAAUAGGCAAGGGAGCAGCCUUCGGUCCGUGCCUGAGCCAUGGAGGGGAAGAAGCCCCAACAUGACGUCCUCCAAUCCGACUCUAGGCCCCGCGAGAAGAGGAAGAAGAUGGGAGAAUCGAGGAGGGACCUAACCGAUCACCUGGAGGCGUACCUCGCCCGGAGGGACGGAGUCGACAAGCUCCUCAAGAUCUCCAGGUACGCCGCCAAGCUCGCCCUUGCGUCCUCCCUCACUGCCGGCCGCCCUGACCUGCACCGACGGCUCAAGAGCUUCGACUCGAGCGUUGGUGUCAGCCGCAAGGCGUUCCGGCUCGGAAAGUUCGUCCAGGACCUCAACGCCCUGAAGCGGACCCGCUUGGAUUCCGGGAAGGGUGUUCUCGGUCUUAUUGCCUACGGCGGCGAGGGCGCCUACUACUUCGUCGAGCAGUUCGUCUGGCUCGCGAAGACGGGCUUGAUCGACGGCCGCCGCGCCGCGGGGUUUCAGAGGGUCAGUGCCUGGGCGGAGCUCGUCGGGUAUAUCGGCAGCGUCGCGCUGAAGGUGCUGGAUCUCAGGACGAUCCUCGACGAGGCGGCGCGGUUGGGGACGACGGUGAAGACCCUGAGAGCGGAUGGACGGGCAGUCGAGAACGAGGCAGGCGAGCUGCAGAAGUUGCAAGCAAAAGCUAUGCUGAAGCAGCUUUCGAUAGUUCAGGAUAUAGCUGACGCCCUCAUGGCAAUUGGCGAUCUGCAGGACGGAAAGGGCUUCUUGUCGAACCCGAUCGUCAUCGCAUCUGCUGGGCUUCUCUCUGCCCUCAUUAGCACACACAAGAACUGGACGUCCUGCUGAAUGGUCGACUUCGAGGUACCAAAUAAUUAGGGAAAUAAAAUCGAAAAGAUGGGAAAGGAGGGAAGUAAUAUCCCUGUUUUGUUUUUCAUUGUCUGUGCAAACUAGAGGAUUGAUUUGCCCAAAUGAUUAUUGUGUGUAAAUAAGACAACAAUGAUUCUCUUCGUUAAUAUGUCUUUCUGGUUUCUUCUCUGCA